UCGUAGUAAUUUCAACGAGGACUAGUCUUCGUAGUUCAGUCGUUACUCAGGUGUCGCGUACGAGAGAUCGUUUAUCAAGCUGCGAGAUGCGGUUCCCGAAAUCUCGUUCUUUCCAAGUUGAAAGCAACUUCCAGCGCGACGACAAAUAUCGAAUGUAAUUGACGUUGUCGGUGAAAACACCUGGAACAAGUAAAUUUGAUUACACACAGCGAGCAGCUGCUACGUUUCAUCUACGACGGUGCAAAGCAGGAAGUGUUGAUCUACAUCUGGAACUUAUAAAAGUGUCCAUUUCUUAUGCGAAUGUACGGAACAAUGAAUAGCGCGUCAAAUGAUACCUACUUAUAAUCCUUUCUCUUGAUCGAUUCGUCGAAUAAAAAAUUGUCUACGAUCGAGUGGGAUUAAAAUCGCCUGGAGAACAAUGACGGAGAAUGUGUACAUUAUCAAAAUCAAGACGAAGCCACCGCUGUCGUCUCUGUAUCCAUCGGAGCGUCGCUACUCGGCGUCGACGGUCGGCGGAAUGUCCCUGGUCCAUCUGAUCCUCGGGGCUAUGUCCCUCCUUCUGAGCACCAUGAGCGCCAUCUGCGUUCCGGGUCACGUGCUGUCUCUCGUGUGUCUGGUACCGUCCGUCACCGGCUGUCUCGCUUGGCGACGCUGGUACAUCGACCGGAACAUCAGCAUUUUCUUCUACGGCAGCCUCUUCUCCAUGGUGGCCGCGAUUCUCUGCGGCGUCGUCAUGAUCUUCGACAUCACGGCGAUUUUGAGCGCCAGACAGUCCCUAGAGUUCAGGACGACCCUCGAUAUCCCGCUUCAUUCCCUCGAGGGUUUCAACGAUGAUCAUUACAAUAUUACAUCGGCCAAGAGCGAUUCAAAGUUCAUCGAGGAUCCCGAUUCUCCAGGGAUCAACCAAUCCAGUAAAUCGCUUACUUUGGAACCCUACUUCAACGUAUCGGGUUUCCAUAGCGUCAGAAACGACAAUAAUUUCGAGGAGUCCUUGACUUUGGAGGAAAGAACCCUGGUAGCGGAAGAGAGCUUCAAGGAUGACGACGCGAUGAACAUCACGGAAUCUGUGAAUCCGAAGAAGAAGAAGAUGGCGAUUUGGCGUAGACGGGAAUACGCGAAUCUGUCGAACAGGAUUCUACUGACCCUGAACGUUUUGAUAGCGUCCUCUCUGGAGAUGUUCUGGUCCAUGCUGAGCGCGCAAAUUGCAUUCCACGGAAUGAUGACUCUGCCGGAAAGCGGUAACGUCGUCGCUGGUUCGAAGACGUCGAAACUGUCGCUGCAGAAGAGAAAAUCACCGGCACCCAAGCCGGACAUCUUGAAUCACGAUUGCCGAUUGUCGGAAAGUCUGCAGAACUUCGCCACUUUGCAGGAUCUCACCGGUCUGGGUUCGCGACUACCCUUGCCGGAAUCUAACAGGGAAUUUAGGGAAAGGGUUGAGAGGUUCUUGGCGAAUCAGGCGACGCACAGAGUCGUUGAAGGUGCCUGAAGUUAAUCAUUUUAUUAUGGACUGUCUAUAGAAAUUGUGAAACGUUCGACAAAUUCUUCACUCUUCUCGCAUCAUUUCUUAUAGGGAUCCUAAGCUAAUCUAAGUUUCCUUCCUGUUUUAUCGGCAAAAUGUGAAGUUAGAUAAACUAUAAAUCUAUUUUUUUAGAAUAUUUUGUCUGACAUUUUUAUUCCUAUUAGAUAUUCCUAUAUAUUGAUUUAUUAUGAUAAAGAGAUAGUACUCUAGCGAUCUCAGCUUCUUAUAUAUUGUGUACUUUGUUAUGUAUGAUUCUGUUCUUGGCAUAAAUGUACAUUUUACGUUUAAUGAAGAUAUAUAUUUAUUACAAUGAUUUUAAAUAAUGUAUUUUUAUUUAAACUUUUGCGUAUAACGUCAUAUAUUCAAUAUGUUAGUAUUCCAUUUAAGCGUAAAUCUGGUCGCAAAUAUUGCAGUGUCUCCAACAAUAAAUGUUAAUUAAAAAUUUAUUCAGACAUAUUUUCACAAAUUGUUUAAUAUCGAUUUAUACAAUAAAUAUAGAAAAUAUUGGCAAACUGAGCAUUAUAUAAAUGACGCAGCCUAAGAAAUAUAUAGAAAAAGAGAAAAUAUUUUCUUCUUUUUCUAUCAGAAAAACUCCAAUGUUUGAACAUAUGUAUAUGUCAAAUUUCAAUUCUACAAGUCAUAAAAUUAUUAUAACGUUACUAUACAGAUAUAAAUGUAGAGAAAGAAUACUUUCUGUUAUAUUUUCUCUUUUUUAGUUAAUCUUUAAAGCAUUGUUUGAUUAUAAGCGAAAUGCUAGAUCUAUUUGUAUUAUAAUUACAAGAGUAAAUGGGAACAAUAAAUUACAUGUUGUGUAAACAAUUGCGUUUCGCGCGCGCGGUUAAAAUGAUUGAAUGCCGUCAUUUAUUUAUAAGAACUAAUUAUUUACUUAAACUAAAGAUUUAUUGACUUUUUAUUAGGCUUGUAAAAGCAAAAAUAACUAGAAAAUAUAAACCAUGUGUAAAUGUACCUUAUAUUAAAUUUCGUGCGAAUGUACGAUUGCACCAUCUAAUUAAUUAAGAGCUCUUUCGCACGCUGGAUUUUAUGUGCGCCGUGUGAGUCAAAAAUACUGCCCUGUUUAAUAAGAAUAUUACUCUGGAAACUCUGUCAAUAAGCUACAAAAUAUUAUGACUUUUUUAUACAGAUAAUUAUA